ACGAACCCCGGACAGGAGCGGUUGCCAUGACUCCCGCAGAGCCAGUCGGCCGCUGCAGUUUGGAGUCGCCGACCGACCUCCUGGGAGUCUCUGCCGCAUUUCGGCGACGGGGGCAUUUUUCAGCCUUUCCGCAGAACCAGGCCCGCUCGCAGCCUCGACAGCCGGGAGAGACAGCCGCCUUUUCUUAUUUCUUUCCCUUUCUUUCCCUCCCUUCCGCGCCCUUUCUCCGGCUCCUGCCCCCAGCACCCCCCCUACACCUGGUGGAGUGAAUGAGUGCGUGAGGAGAGGCCUUCUGGGCUGCAGGGGUGUGCGCGCGUGCGUGCCCCCGAACUGUGCGUGCGCGUGUCCCGAGCUGUGUGUGCGCGCCGAGCCCGCACUUGCCCUGAACUGUCUGUGCUCGCGCGCCCCAAUCCCGCGCGUGCCCCCAGCGGGGGCGCGCGCCCAACCCCACUCAGGACUGGGGUUUUACCAAGGCCUGGGCGUGCUGGGAGGACUGGGGCCGCCCUUAGCAACUCUCCGCGGAGAUGGGCAGCCGAAGCCGAGGAGGGGGAGGCCCUGUGGGGUCCUAGGUUCACCGGCCACUGCUGUACAGACGAGCUUUUAAUACUCCACUCCCUUGUCUAGCAAGCAAGGGACCCGUGGCCUCUUUGUCCCCCUCUUGGCCCCAGAAGGCGUCCAGCCUUCUGCAUUUUUCCAGGCCACGACUUUGUCCCUACAAAAUUGUUUAAUUGACACCUUUUGUUUUCAGUCAUUUCCUGAAUCCCCCCUUCUCCCUCCCCCGCCCCCCAUCUUGUCUUCUCCCUGUUCAAUUCUGCUGGAUCAGUUUCCUCAUCUGUAAAAUGAAGGGGUUGGACGAGCUGCUUCUGAGGUCCCUUCAAGCACUAGAUCUGUGAUCCUGUGAUCCUGUGACUUCUUUUCUGGCCUUAUUAUCCGUCUUAUUGAAUUUUUUUUUCUUCACCUCUCCUGGGCCAUAGUGCACUUUCAGUGUUCAUUCAUAGAGCCCCAACCCCUAAAACUCAUAGACUGUCUCACUCUGCUUUCCUACUGUGAUGCUGUGGGUAGGGGCUUGUUUCCCAUUUGGUAUCCCCAGGAUUAUUUGGAACAGUCUAUCUAUUACUCUGCACUAUCACGGUGAUGCUGUGUUGGGUAAACUAGAAACUAAAAUGGAGAAGUCCUCUCUGGAAAAUGUUCAGUUAGAAGACAUACUUCAUUUUCUUGCGAGAGAAGGAAUUGAUUCCCUUGCUACUACAGAAGAUCAGCUUUGUUACAUCUGGCGUUUAUUCCAACAUAGUGAGGAUAGGCUGAGAACUGCUUCUAGAGACUUGGAAGAGCUCAGAGUAAAACACAUGGAAGAAAUGAAAGAAGUGGAACAUUAUGUGAAUCAUGUCCGUCAAUUAACAGAAGAAAGAGAAGCCUUAACUCAUGAUUUUGAAAAAGAGAGUGAGAGACUUCAACUUGAAUUUAAAGAACUGCAGCUCCAACAGGAGAUCGAGCUAAAGGAGAUUGAAGGAAUGUUGGAUCAGGAGGGCUUAUCAGAAAUAGCUCAGAGCAGUCCCAGUGAACAGAUUGCAUAUUUAUUGGUAGAGAGAACAACAUUGUUGGAGAAGCUGGAAUUGGCUGAUCCCAAGUUAGAUUCAUAUAACUCAGUGGUUUAUGGCCUUCAGGAAGUUCAUCUUAAGGAUGAAUUUGAACAAAUCCAGACAUUAGAAGAUGAACUUCAAAAACAACAGGAAUCCUUGCAGUGGCCAAAAGAAACUCUGAAUAAGCCCCCUAAUGAAGAACUAGAGAAAGAGAAAACAGUACAAGGGAACCUCAAGAGGAAUGUAGAGGAAGAAGCAGCCAGAAGGUUACAGGAAGCCCAGGAAGAGAUCUGUAGACUGACCAAAAAACUAGAUACAAAGGAAAAAGAACACGAUAAACUCGAGCUUGCCUUGGAAUCAGCCCAACUAGAAAUUGAGGCUUUAAAAGGAAAUUUGAGUAGACUUAAAGAAAAUGAAUCAACCGACCUGCUAGAAGCAAAGCAGCACAAUCAUAGACUGGACACAGAGACUCUGGCAUUAAGAAAUCAUGUCCAGAAAGACUUGGAAAGAAAAAUGUGUGUGGAAUUGGUAAGACUUUAA